UCUCUCUCUCUCUCAUCGCGGCUUUUCACUGCCACCGCUACCCUCCAACUACGCCACCACCAUUACUGCUUUCUCUCAUCCUCUCCGUAGCUCCGCCCGCGACGCUUUCCUCGCCGUGAUCUCCUCCUCGCUCCCGCCGCUCGGUCCCGGCCGGGAUUCCUCUCUCCCCCGGCCGCUCCGCCCGGCCGCGCAGGAAGCCGUGCUCGCCGCCGGCGGAUCCGGCUCCGCCUCCAGCGAAUUCGCGCCCCCCGCCGUGUAAUGCUCGUCGCUUGACCGGCCCCAUCACGUCCCAAUCGGCCGGCUCGGUAGUUCGGAGUCCCUAGCAAUGGCGAUCCACGGUCCUGUGACUCCUGGCCAGGUUUCCUUUCUAAUUGGAAUCAUUCCAACAAUCGCAGCAUGGAUUUACUCGGAAUUUCUGGAGUACAAGAGAAAUUCGGUUUCGUCCAAAGUUAGACGCUCUGAUGUCAAUUUGGUUGAAAUGGGGAAUGACGUGGUCAAGGAAGACGACAGAGCAGUAUUGUUGGAGGGUGGAGGUCUCCAGUCAGCUUCACCCAGAUCUAGAAAUUCAUCUGCCACAUCUCCUAUUUUCAGAUUUUUGGUGAUGGACGAGUCUUUCUUGGUUGAAAAUCGAUUGACUCUUAGAGCUAUAGCGGAAUUUAGCAUGCUUCUGGCAUAUUUUUUCUUAUGCGACCGUACUGAUUUUUUUGAAUCAUCAAAGAAGAGUUACAAUCGGGACCUUUUCUUAUUUCUAUACUUCCUUCUGAUCAUCGUUUCAGCAAUGACUUCUUUCACAACGCAUAAUGAGAAGUCACCAAUUUCUGGGAAAUCUAUUCUUUAUCUGAAUAGACAUCAGACUGAGGAGUGGAAAGGUUGGAUGCAGGUAUUAUUUUUGAUGUAUCAUUACUUUGCUGCUUCAGAAAUAUAUAAUGCAAUCCGCAUAUUCAUUGCCGCAUAUGUAUGGAUGACUGGAUUUGGGAACUUUUCAUAUUAUUAUGUGCGCAAAGAUUUUAGCCUUGCAAGGUUUGCCCAGAUGAUGUGGCGACUUAAUUUCUUAGUUUUAUUUUGCUGUGUUGUCCUCAACAAUAAUUACGUGCUUUAUUACAUCUGCCCAAUGCACACUCUUUUCACCCUUAUGGUCUACGGAGCGCUCGGUAUCUUAAACAAAUACAAUGAAGUUGGGAUGGCAAUUGCUUUGAAAAUCAUCGCUUGCUUUUUGGUGGUUAUUCUAGUAUGGGAAGUUCCUGGGGUAUUUGAACUGGUUUGGAGCCCCUUCACAUUUCUUCUAGGUUAUUCUGAUCCAGAUCCUUCAAAACCAAAAUUUCCUUUAUUGCGCGAGUGGCACUUCCGUUCCGGCCUUGACCGCUACAUAUGGAUAGUGGGGAUGAUCUAUGCUUAUUAUCAUCCAACUGUUGAAAGGUGGAUGGAGAAGCUGGAAGAAGCAGAAUGGAAACGCAGACUCCUAAUAAAAGGAGCUGUCAUAUCAACAUCGUUAACGGUGGGAUAUCUGUGGUUUGAGUAUGUAUACAAGUUGGACAAGAUAACCUACAAUAAGUACCAUCCUUAUACCUCAUGGAUCCCAAUAACUGUCUAUAUAUCCCUGAGAAAUGUUACUCAGCAUCUUCGGAGUUGCUCAUUGACUCUUUUUGCAUGGCUUGGGAAGAUAACCCUGGAGACAUACAUUUCACAAAUCCAUAUUUGGUUAAGGUCAGGCAUUCCGGAUGGUCAACCAAAAUUGUUGCUGUCACUCAUUCCCAACUAUCCAAUGUUGAACUUCAUGCUCACUACCUCCAUAUACAUUGUGGUUUCACACCGACUCUUCAACCUUACAAAUACACUGAAAAAUGCAUUUGUGCCAAGCAAAGACAACAAGCGUCUUUUAAACAAUAUGAUUUCUGCAGCAGUUAUCUCAAGUGUUUUAUACUCUCUGUCGUUUGUUUUCCUGAAGUUCCCUCGUGUAUGGUCCUUUGUGCAGGCAUAAGAUGUGCAUCGUAAAUUCCUUGUAUAGAACGAUUAUUUAUCAGUCUUCUUCCCGGGUGGAAGAGAAGUUCCAAUGAGGAGCACUUGUCCGAUCUUGGUGUGAAUCUUCCGAAUGGAAGCAUACUACUAUAUCGUACACGACGUGUGAAAAUGACGCCCCAGAUUCAGCGUCCGAGUUUGUCACUUGUAAUUUUUAACAUUUCGAAGAUCGUAGAAAGAGCAAUAACAAGACCAUCACAGCUAUGUUUGCUCA